ACAAGCGGCACAAAAAAUGUAUUUAGAAAAAACCAUACAUUUAUGGAAAUGUAAUGUUUACAUUCCAUAUCGCACAUUUAAGCCUUUGUGAUGCUUGUAAUUACUUCAUUUCACAAAAAAAACCCUCACAAAUCUUCAGGAAAGCAAAUCCAAUUAAGAUGAAAAAAAAUGAACCCAAAUAUAUAUAUCCUGACCUAAAUUUUGAAAUCAACAAAAAGGUGGAAAAUGUAAAACCACAAAAAAUGAAACCAGAUAUAUAUCUUAACCUAAAUUUUGAAAUCAACAAAAAGGUGGAAAAUGUAAAAUCACUACGAAAUUGGGUGGCUUUUAACGGGAGCAAAGCGGUCGAACGGUCACGUUGUUCACACGAAGAGGGCGGAACUCUGACAACGUUGUUUGCCACGCGCCGAAUACGCCAAUGUCCCCGUCGCGGACAGACGGCAGGGCCGGUGAAUAGACGUUCCGUCGACGAGGGCAGCAGGUGCGCAGAGAUCGCAUUUCUCCUGCCACAGUUGUCAAUGUUUCCCAAGACGGGGCCGUGGCACGUUUUGAACAACCUCGAGUACGACUGCUGGCCGCUGUCACAGCCGAACGAGUUCAACAUGAUCGACUGCGGAGGCUUGGAAAUGGCUUGGUUUAAAAGGCCACCGGGCACGGUCGUGAGUGGAAACGUCUUCGAAGUCGUCUACGAGGUGGAUGCCCCGGACAGCUUUUACGAAUGGGGUGUAAGCAACAAAAUAUUCCCCAACAGGACGGUCAGUCAAGCGAAACAUUUUUGCGAGGAGCAGGAAUGCCCUGCACCAUGGAAGGAUGCAACGGAAAUCAACUGCUGCAUCCACCAUGCCAACAUCCACUCUUGCCCCCUCUCGUUCAUGGUGCAUGGUGGAAUCUGUGGGCCAUGGAUCCCAGAUGACGGACAAAUAUUUACCCACACACUCUCAGAAGCGGGCACAAUGAAGAGGCACAACUGGUCUGCUAUGGUCACGUUGGUGCACGAGGGAGUGACGGACCUGAUUGCACACGUCCGCGUGGGUCACAUGCAAGCGGCGCUUGUGGCAACGACCACCGUGCUCCCGGCCACAGUUUGUGGAGACGCAACCUGCGAUGCCGUCGAAAGCUGCUCCACCUGCCCCGCCGACUGUGGGGACUGUCCAAUGGCCACCUCCAUUAAGGUCGCCAUCGGGCUGCCGAUCUCCCUCGUGGUGUUCACCUUUAUCGUGACGAUCACGUGGUUUCAGUACCAGAAGCAGAAAAUGUUUUGGGAUGAGAGCUGGGUGGUCUGCCUGAAAGACCUCAAAAUGGGUCAGCUUCAAGGAUUCGGAAAUAGCUUGGUCAGCUUGCAGGAAUCUCCGUGCGAGAUUAAUUCCAGUCGCAUGAGUGGCCUGAGCGAUUCCUCGGCGACAGCCAACCACGCACCCUGCAAGCAGCACUUCACCAGCACUGUCAUCAUAAAUGGACGGACGGUGGCUUUAAAGAAAAUUGAAAAGAAAGCUUUUAACUUGACCAAGGUGAUCAGAAGAGAAGUGAAACAAGUGAGGGAGCUCGAGUACGCGAACCUGUGCAAGUUCAUCGGUGGGACUGUGGAGGUGCCCAACGUGGCCAUUCUCACCGAGUACUGUCCCAAGGGAAGCCUUCAGGACGUGCUCCUCAACGACGACAUCCCGCUCAACUGGGGAUUCAGGUUUUCAUUUGCAACAGACAUCGCGCGUGGUAUGGCCUUCCUUCAUAGCCACCGGCUCUUCCAUGGGAGGCUUAAGUCAACUAACUGCGUUAUCGAUGACAGAUGGGUGUGCAAAAUAGCAGACUACGGGCUCGAGGAAUACAGGAAGGACGACUUGGCGGAAUACGCCACCACGCACAAGCCAAAGUCCUGGGUUUACUUGCCGCCUGAACGUAUCGUCAGCAAAAACACAGAGCCAGCUCCGACGACAGAUGUGUACAGCUACGGCGUCAUUCUAGUUGAAAUCGCGACAAGGCAAACUCCCACGCCGACUGAAAUUGACAUUGCGACAGAUGCCCUGUCGUGGCAGCCAUCCAUCCCUGAACUGACCACAACCAAAUCGGAGAACGAUUGUCCGAGCCCAGCCCAGUACAUUGAGCUGAUACAAAAGUGCUGGAAUCACAACCCUUUGCUCCGACCAACUUUUGAACAAAUCAAAAAGUUCCUGCAUAAAAUGAAUCCAAACAAAUUCAGCCCAGUUGACAUGAUGAUGAGCCUGAUGGAAAAGUACAGCAAGCACUUGGAGUCGGUCGUCACUGAACGAACGCAAGACCUCGUGUUGGAAAAACAGAAGACGGAUCGGCUGCUAUACAGUAUGUUACCGAAGCAGAUUGCGGAUGAUCUGAGGCAAGGGCGGGUCACGAAGGCUCAGAGCUAUGCAAGUGCCACUGUGUUUUUCAGCGACAUCGUUGGCUUCACGCAGCUGUCCAGUUCGAGCACCCCCUACGAAGUGGUGGACUUCCUGAACAAGCUGUACACGUCCUUCGACGGGAUCAUCGACAACUACGAUGUGUACAAAGUGGAGACCAUAGGAGAUGCCUAUAUGGUCGUUUCUGGAGUGCCCACAGAAAACCACAAUCAGCACGCCGUUGAAACUGCAAAUAUGGCUCUCGAUCUGGUGAACGUGUGCCAGGCGUUUGUCAUUCCACACAAACCCGAGAUGCAGUUGAAGAUCAGGGCAGGAAUUCACACAGGCCCAGUCGUCGCUGGCGUGGUGGGCACGAAGAUGCCGCGCUACUGCUUAUUUGGAGACACGGUAAACACCGCUUCGCGCAUGGAGUCUACAAGCGAAGCUCUGAAGAUCCAAUGCAGCCCAAGCACAAGCAGUAUUUUGCAGCAAAUCGGAAGCUAUUUGCUGAGCUGUCGUGGAACCGUCACCGUCAAGGGGAAAGGAGAAAUGAUCACCUGGUGGCUGGAGGGGAGAGAUACAAGUACGAAAAAAUAAAUAAUACAUUGGAGACACUGACCACGAUUUCCAAGGUCUACCUGAUUGUGCGAUCAUAGUAGACAAACAAAGGACUUUAAUGAGUGUUAUUAACAUGCACCUAACGUCUGUUUUUCAUUCGAAGUAAAAUAUACUUCUAAGUAAAAAAAUAAACAUCGUGUGCCUUUUGCACGAUAAAUUGUGAUUCCUCGUGCCUCACUCCCCGGCUACAGCUGCUUCACACGCCAAGCGCCUCGGUCCUGCCCACAGAAUCCUUAUUUAUACACUGGAGGAAUCCGAUGAGCUGUGAAGCUCUUUUUCACAGAUGUACGUAUGUAUGUUGAACGUA